UUCUCUUGUUUGAAGGGAAAAUGGCGAGGGAGGAGCGCCGAGAGAGAUGAGAGGAUUGCGCCGCGGCUAUGGCGUGUGAGUAGCAAGGGCAGCGCGGCGCGGCACAAUCUUUGCUCUCCUCUCCUUUUUCUCGAGCGGGCGAGCGGCAUCGCGCGCCAGCGCCUUUGUGUGACGAGAGGAAAGAAUCCAGUGCUCGAUCGGCCAGCGGCGCGGCACAGCAGAGGCACAGCGGCGCAGCGAAGCGAUUUGGCGUGAGCAACGAAAUAUUUCGGUGCUAGGUCUUGGGAUUUCUUCCUCGUCCCCUUGGAUCGGCCAGGAUUGGCGCUCGCAUUGUGGAUUUUAGGGCUUGCGCAGGGCCGGGGCUGAUGCUGCUAGCUCCAUGAGUCGCGGUAAUCAUAUGCUACUGCUGCUGCCCACGCUAGGUUCGCUCUCCAUGCGCAUGUGUGCGUGAAUUCGCCGAGCACACCAAAUGCGAGCGCUCGAGGUCACAGGUUAGCUUCACCGGAGGUCUUUUGCUCUACUUGUUCUUCGAGGAGGUUUGAGGCGGUGGAAAAGAGGCAUGGAUUCCCAAUGAAGAUGGCCUCGGCGAUGCAAAUGCCAAUCAUGGGUCCUUCCGCGGGGAUUAGAACUCCAGUGACAGUAACUCCUUGCGGCCAACCUCUCAACACCGCCAACCAUUCCAACACCACUCCAGCGGGAAUUCUCUCCUCCGGUGGCGUUGGGAUGUCCAAUCUCACUUUGGGACUUCCACCGUCUUCCACUUUGCCGGGAGGAGGUUUCGGGGCUCCGGCGAACGGGCUGGGGGAGACUGGGCUCAUGAGAGUGAAGCUGGCGGACAUGCUUCCGGAAGAAGGGGAGCCAUCUCCGGUCUAUCUCAAGGCAGUGGAUGCAGUCUCCACGUCGCUCGCCAGGGCCAAUGCAGUGAUUAUCGAGCUCAGCUCCGAGGAUGCCAAGCUCGUGAGGUGUGCUCUUCAAUCGGCCAAGCUCUAUCUUAGGAACUGUGUACAUACGACCACCACCACCCAUGCAUGGGGCUCCUCGGAUUGGAACAAGAGUACUGCUUGCCGGGAUUCAUUCGUCUACAAAGCCGGAAGGUCUGAGGAGGCUGAUCCUCCGCCUCCUUGCAUGCCGGAUGUUUUCAGAUGCAUGGGUAAGGCAUCGCGAGCAUCUCUGAGUGUUAUUGCUCGCUAUCUUCGUCUUCGUGGAGACGUCUUCUUUCCGCUACUAGACGACUCACCUUUGCCACCAGGCGAUGUAUCAUCUUCCGAUCUGACGGCAAGUCUACACCAUAGUUCUCCUGGUGCUUGUGGAAAGGGAUCACUGGCAGCGGGCGAUAACUUGCAGGAGGUAGAGAAAGGACUUUUGAUGCUCAUUGCAUCCGAUGCACCAGGAUUGCUUGUGAAUGAUUCUAAUGGACACUGGUACACAGCAGACAGUGCUCUCUCUCCUGGAGACCUCUUGCUACUUGCUGGAAGAGCUCUUCAUCAAGCGACUGCUGGUUUACGUCGUCCUUCGCCUUAUAAGAUGGGAAUGCCAGCGCUAUCGCCGGUUCCUGGAGCAACAAGGACUUCCUUAGCGUUUAGAUUAAUGCCGCGUCACAAUGCAACCUUCGACAUUGCAGCUGCGUUGAAGAGCGCUGGUCACUGUGUUCCUGAAGGAUAUGGGGCCAUUACCGUGGCGCAGUUCAUGGAUGGCUUAUCGGCUGCAGAAACGUUGAUGGUUAACAGUGGAGAUAGUAGCCUGGAGGGACAUGAAGAUAGUUCGCUUAAACUAGCACUUUCCGAUCCACUCUCGGGUCAAUAUCUCGAGGAUGCCAUGCUGAAUCCCAAGUGUGGCCAUUCAUUUGGUUGCGUCACUCUCCAAAGAACGAGGGAAUCGGGCACUUGUCCAUCGUGUUCCGCAGCUAUCGACAGCCAGCACUUGAUUCCAAACAUCGCGCUCAGGGCGGCAGCUGCUGCAUUUAGGCGGGAGGAACAAAACAGAAUACAGUCAAGGGCCAAGCGUCGGAAAGAGAAUGGACAUGGAGAGACGGACGUGAGACGACGGGAAAACAUUGGUUCUCCAACCGAGAAGGAGAGCGGGAAAGUCACAAAAGGUGUCCAGUACCCUUUCAAAGUAAACGAAAGAGUCAAGAUCAAGGGAAACAAACGGACUCCAGAGAAAUUCGUUGGUCGAGAAGCGAUCAUAACCUCGCAAUGUCUAAAUGGCUGGUAUUUAGUUAGGACUUUGGACAGCAACGAGAGCGUACGCUUGCAAUAUAGAUCACUGCAAGCUAGUGGUGAUAACACCAUCACGACCAACCCCACCCCUAUUACCACCACCAGCAACGCCAGUACUGAAGAACAGGCUCAACAUUCUUGAUAAGUUUGGGCCACCUGUAACAUUUUAAACUUCAACAAUUUUGUUCACUCAGAUUAUAAUAUCUUUACCAUGACCAGACUUUAAAUAAUUA